AUGCAAGCGGGCGCUUUAGGCCUCGUGCGACGAGACACCAACCCGGGGUCCAAUGGCUUCUAUAACAAGCUCUUCUACAUACUCAUAGCCGUGCUCGGCGCGUUUGCGCUCGUCUCUCUCCUCAACUAUGUGCGGAGUAGGCGGCGGCGCGUCAUGGUGUUGCGUGAAGCCCAGCGCCUCGGCCUCAUGGUCCCGGGCAUGGAGGGUUACGUGCCAAUGCGAGAACGCCCCCAAUUACGCAAGCUGGACGGGUGGCGCACACCCGACUGGUGGGAGGUGGUCGAGGAUGCAAAGGCCCAGAAAGCCCAGCGAAGCCCACCAACUCCAUCCGUUGAGGAAAAAGUCAAGAUCAGGGACAUCGAACAUAUCGAAGACGUUUUCCACGAUACGAACACGACUGCCGACCGAGAACCGGCGCCAACACCACAAUCUAUGCCACCGCCUCCGAACACGCCUGCACCUGAUGCCGACUACGGCGCAAGGGGCCAGCUCGAGCUCGGGUCCAUCGAACAGCUGCGUCCACUCGCCCUCAUACCAGUGCCAGUCACCGUGACUGAGCCUGUAAAACCCAUCUCCCACCUCCCUUAUUUCCCCAACUACGUGUCGUACCUGAAGACGGCCCACGACCCCAAACCGCCCCGCUUUGCGCCUGACGACGACCACGCGUUCGACAGCAUCAUCGGCGAGCCGCUCGAAGUAGUCGUGGCGAUACGUAUGCCGCGGCCACCACGCACACGCGUACUUGACCCCGAUGAUGACGGCGCGAUCAUGGACGAGUGGGCCGGAUUGGAGCUCGGCAUUGCGAGCUGGGAAGUCGUGGGAUCCGACAGGUAG